ACAGAGGGGAAGGGGGAUAAUUUUCAAUUUUGCAUUUUUCGUCUCGGUUUGUGCUGUCAUGGAGAGAUCGUAUACGGAAAAAGCGGCGUGCCAAGUCUGCCAGAGCACUGAGCGAACCCGUCUCUACUUUGGCAUUACCUCCUGUGCGGCGUGUGCAGCUUUCUUCAGAAGAUCCGAUGGAAUUCAGUACAUGUGUACCGCUAAUAAUAGCUGUACUAUUGCAUAUGACAUCAAGUUUUUCUGCCGAGCAUGCAGAUAUGAGAGCUGUGUCCGAGCCGGGAUGCGGAGGGAUAAUGUCCGGAAACAUAGAACCCAUCAAAAUCAAGCUGCUACACCGGGAGCUGUCAUCCCAGAACUUCACCUACGCCUAACUCCUACAGACAGCCUGGGCUCCAGCUCCUCAUCCAGAAGCACAUCCCCAGACGAUUCCGAGGAGUUCAGUGAUAUUCUGGAUAACACCCUCCACGUGAGUUCUAUCACCGACCUAAUGAUUGUCUCCGCUCAUCACGAGGGAUCUUCCACAGAAUCCUGCCUUAACUGCCCUGGAGUUGAUAUGCUAGACAAGGAAGAUGUGGAGGUUCUGCUGAAGUACUUCAAGUUCUCCAAUACCUGGAUUGAUUCGAUAUUUGCUAGCUUGAUAUCUCCCAAUCAAGUGGAGCUUAUCCAGUGCGAUCAUGAGGACAUUGCCAAAUUCAUCAAUCAUUCCAAAUCAACCUUAGGAUUCAGCCUAAGCCAUCUUAAUCUGAACAUCAUCGAGUACUCAGUCUUCAAGUCCUUCUGUAUCUGGAAGCUUGUGUAUCAUGAGACAAGCAUCGCAAUGAAGAUUAUGGCUCAAGAGCAUUUUGAGGGUGUUACCAGUGCUCUCCGGAAGUAUUACAGGAAGGAAUCCAAAAUGAACGACUUGGAAGUGGCAACCCGAAUCGGGGAUAUCACAUUGCAAAUUAUCACUGUCUCGAACCUCUACAACGACAUGAUCCGGCUAUAUCAUCAAAUUGGAGUUGAAUUUUAAUAUACUAAUUUAAUAUAAUGUAUUGGGAGUGGUUUUUCUAAAUUCUGAUUAUUUAUAUUUUCAACUAUUCAUAUAAACUUUAUUAUUUCGAA